AUGGAGCUGGAUGGGCAGCUGUGCCGUGCAAUCCCAGCUCGCAGCCCUUGCUCCGCGUGUACUCACGGGAGGACUCGCAGGCGUUACCGCCCUCUUGCGUGCCCCGCCCACCCCCGGGCAGCUUGUAUCCGGUACGCUGGCUGGGGCUAUGUGCAGAGCCCGCGCGGAGCCGGAGCAGCAGCGGUGAAGUCCCUGGGCUCAGCCGAGACCGCCGUGCCCAUUGCUCGCCUCGGUCGCCGCCGCUUUAGCCGCAGCCGCCGCCGCCAGGGGAGCGGCCGCCUAUUUGUGUUUCUCCGCGGCGAAGUGUCCUGGGUCAUGAAACUUAAUCCACAGCAAGCUCCCUUAUAUAAUGGGACAACAGAAGAAGUGACUUCAAAAGAAGACGAAGAAGAAGAGAUGGAUGAAGAUAUAGAAGACUUAGAUCACUACGAGAUGAAAGAAGAGCCUAUUAGUGAGAAGAAGUUGGAGGAUGAAGGAACUGAAAAAGAAAAUCGGGCAAUAUUAGAGAAAAUCAGGAAGACUGAAAGGCAAGGCCAUUUAAAUAUGUAUGUGUUGGGUGGAGGAGCAUUAUGUAUGGAACCUCUCACAAAACAGCUCCUACUUUCAAGAAUGAAAAAGGGCUGAAGAAGUGCCUACUCGAAAGAAUCAGUCAUCAUGCAAAUAAAUGCCACCUGAGUCAAAGGCAAAGCCAGAGUGUAGCUUGGAGCAAAGGAG